AUGAUGGCAUGGUCUAUGCCGCAUUACAUUCUGAAAAAGGAUGCUGCCGGUGCCAAUUUUUAUCUUUCUCAAUUUGCCGGGCUGGUGAGGCAAACACUGGAAAACGCGUCCAAGCUACUGAUCACGCUGCAGGAAGAGAUCACGUACUUAAAACACUAUAUCGAGUUGGAACGGUUACAGCUCCCGGCCCGUGGCUUCAAUCAGCCGGUACAAGGCAUCAUACUUAUAGGUCUGUUGCGGCAGGAUCAUGCUGUUGUCAUGGAAGAUGGUGGCUUGCGCCUUAUCCCGGAUCCGCGUGAUAUUGCCUACCGGAUCAUACCAGUAAUACAGGCGAACGGUGUUAAGACUCGUCAGCCGGUACGUCAGCGGAUCAUAGCUAUAAGCCGUCUUCGUACCAUUGCCAUACCAGAUAGCGGCACUGCCAAUCACGGUAUCAUUCUGGUCCCAGGUGAUCUGUUGCCAGGCGGUCCAUUCCGUUUUGCUGAAGGUGCCGUCCGGCAUUUCGGUGCGGUACACCCUGCUAAGCGGGUCAUAGAACAGCCUGGGGCUCACGCCCAGAUUAGCAGCCUGCACAGCGGUAUCACAAAGGAUCAGCUGUGGCAGCCAUUUAAAGAUGCGCUGCUUCGCGGCAGGGUCUGUUAUACGGCCCUCAUCCGUCAGGCCAUAAUAAGUGGUGAUAUUGUCCCUGGUCGUCACCCGCCACCAGCCAUCGUACCGGCCUCGUUUAUGGAUGUAUUCUAUCCUUGCAAACAAGCCUUCGAUGCGGGGCCGGUAACGUUUGAUGGUAUAAUCACCGGACGUGAUCAUGAUCCGGUUGCCUGCUUCAUCCAGCUCGGGUAUAAGGUCUUCGGCACCGGCCAGCAGGAAGACAUCACUUUCGUCCUUAUCGUUAUAGAGCGGCAGCUUCCGGGUAAAAAGGUUACCGACAAGCACUUACUGGCCCGCAUCCGAUCGCUCGUUAUCCCACCGGCCUGGAAGGAAGUGUGGAUCUGCACCCUGGAAAAUGGCCAUUUACAAGCUACCGGUAUUGAUGUCAGCGGGCGCAAGCAAUAUAAAUAUCAUCCGCACUGGACACAGCUGCGCAACCAUACCAAAUUUUAUCACCUGUACGAGUUUGGACAGGCAUUGCCCACCAUCCGGCAACAGCUGGAAAAAGACCUUGCAAAACAAGGCCUUCCGAUGGAAAAAAUACUGGCGCUGGUGGUUUCCCUGAUGCAGGAGACGGGCAUACGCAUUGGCAAUAAUGCCUAUGAAAAACGUUACGGCACAUUUGGGUUAAGUACCCUGAAAAACAGGCAUGUGCAGAUAAACGGGCACAACAUCCGGAUGGCAUUCAAAGGUAAAAAAGGAAUCUACCAGGACCUUACGCUCAAGAGCCGCAGGCUCGCCAGGCUGGUCAAACAAUGUAAGGAAAUACCGGGCAAGGAACUGUUUCAGUAUUAUGAUGAAACCGGCAAUACACAUACCAUUGACUCCGGCAUGAUCAAUACCUAUAUCAAAGAUAUUUCAGGCGGCCAUUUUACCGCCAAAGAUUUCCGUACCUGGACGGGUAGUGUUCAUGCAUUAUUAGCAUUGCAUCAUCUUGGUUGUGCGGAUACCCUUACCGAAACCAAACAACGUGUUGUGGCGGCGCUGGAUACUGUUGCAGGACAGUUGGGCAAUACACGCACCGUAUGCAAAAAGUAUUAUGUUCACCCGGCCCUGCUGGAACUUUAUGAAUGCCGGGCAAUCGAAAAAUACCUGAAAGUGCUGGAUGAUUCUCCCGGCGAAACCCAGGCUCCUGAUCUUCACCCGGAGGAACAGAUUACCAAACAACUGACCAAUACCCCGGGUUAUGAUGCCGAAGCUACCAUCUCUCCCAAAGGCGAUCGUAUGGUCUUCACCUCCACCCGCAACGGCGACCUGGACUUGUACACUAUGAAGCUCGAUGGCACGGAUGUAAAACAGAUCACGCAUGACCUUGGUUAUGACGGCGGCGCCUGGUUUUCACCGGAUGGCAGCCAGAUCGUAUGGCGCGCAUCCCGUCCCAAAACCGAAGCAGAGAUCAAGGAAUAUAAAGAGUAUUACGACAAGGGCCAGCAACUGACACAGCCCUUAAAGUAUGAGCAAUACGCUCCGCCCCUAUUCCUGUGGAUGGAGAAAACAGUAUCGUUAGUCUUUGGAUUCAGUGAACAGUCUAUGCGCCUCUAUCCACUGCUUUGCGGGAUAGGCGCACUAUUUGCUUUGUAUAAAAUAACCCGGCAAUUGAUGCCCGACAGCGGUGCCUGGCUCACCAUCGCGGUCUUCUCAAUGGGUGCUAUCUAUGUAGAAUACUCGGCAACGCUGAAGCAGUAUAUGCCGGAUGCAUUUAUCGGACUCGUGCUGAUCUGGCUGGCGCUGACAACCGAUUAUAAGCAAGUAAGCAAGGGACGUUUUGCUCUUACCUGGCUGAUCGCCGGUUCCCUCGCUAUCUGGUCGUCCAUGCCUUCUGUAUUUAUCCUCGCAGGCAUAGGUGCGUAUUACGCAUUGCUGCUGUUUAAAGACCGUAAGGCUGGCUGGCUGCUGCCGUCCCUGCUGGUUGUUGCGGUAUGGCUGCUGCAAUUUAUGGUUUACUACUUCGCCAUCCUGAAGCCGCAGGCAGAAUCCGCCUACCUUCAGAAUUUCCAUAAAGAUUUUUUCCUCCAUGCGCUUCCGGCUUCCAAAGAAGAAUGGGCACAUAACGGUGAGCGCCUGUACGACCUCAUCGGCAAUAUGGGCGGCUGGACCACCAUUGCCAUGGUCUCCUAUAUCCUGUUCCUGCUUACCGGUUUAGUGCAGUUGGCAAGACAUAAUAAGCCACGAUUCCUGUUGCUUGCCGUGCCUAUUGCAGGCGUGCUGUUUGCCGCUGCUCUUCAUAAGUUCUCAUUGAUAGAACGCGUGGUUAUGUUUAUGUACCCGCUGAUGUUAUUGCUGGUGGGCUAUGGCUUUUCCCAGCUAUGGAAACUGCGUUAUGCUGCGGUAAGCCGCAAGCCAGACGGCAGCAUUAACCCCGGGUUUGAACCCGGGGAAAGAGAACGCCGAUCACACCACCGCAACCCCAAACUGCCGCAGGUGAUGCAGCGAGUGUUUGUACAGCAACAGCACCCACUUAUCAAAAUCAAGAUCUCCAUAAAAAGGAUUGGUAAUGAUCUUGUGCUUGUCCUGUUCAAAGACAUCGAAGAAAUCAUCGAUCUCUCCCCGCAGCUCACCCAGGCUGUCCCUAAUAUCUUCAUAGCGGACAUCCGCCGGCUCAUCAGCCAUUUGCGGAUUCUUUGUAUUCUCCCGGAAAGCAAUUAUCUCCUGGCACUGGCCAUCAUACCGGUUGUGGUGCUCCUGUACCUACUGCUGCUCGUAUGGCGGCGGCAGAAACUAAAGAAACUGGGUGAUGAGCACCUGGUUAAAGAGCAGAUGAUUGGCCUGAUACCCGGCCGCCGCACCCUGAAGUUUAUCCUCCUUACCCUGGCACUGGCUACCGGCAUUAUCGGCUGGGCAAACCUCCAGUCGGGGGGUAAGGCAGAGCAGGUGGAACGCAAAGGGGUGGAUGUGAUCAUAGCACUGGAUGUAUCAAAAAGCAUGCUGGCCAAAGACAUACAGCCCGACCGCCUAACCAGGUCCAAGCAACUGAUCGAACGGAUGCUGGACAAGAUGAAGAACGACCGUGUAGGACUGGUCAUUUUUGCCGGCCGCGCCUACCUCCAGGUACCGCUCACCAUCGACUAUUCAUCGAUGAGAAUGAUGCUGCAGAAUGUGCGCCCCGACCUGGUGCCGUCGCAAGGCACCGUAAAAGUGAGCCAGGAGAUGAAAUACUUCUGUAUUACGGAGGCCGUAGCUCUCUACCUGCAGAAAUUUAUCCUGUAUCGCAAACGCAAAGUAUUCUUCUCGGCAGAUGGCAGUACCCAGGGGUUGCUGGAUGUUAUCGGGAAGCACAAAGUGGAGAAAUAUAUCCUUCCUACAGCGGAAAGCGGCAAAAAUGAUAUCCACCAGUACCUUAGCAAGCACAAUAUAACCUUUGCGGAAGCUACACUCUUCCACACGGUAUCCAAUAAUAUUGAAGGGGUGAUGAAGGACAGCAGUUAUGACAUGAUCGUUUUCUUUAGCCCAUUCAGUGUGCAGGCCUUGUUUUCACACGAUCCCGGCUUUAAGCAAAAUGGUACGCUGAUCGGUGCUUUUGGCCCUACAACGGCAAAGGCGGUGGAAGACAGUGGUAUGAACCUGGAUGUCAAAGCACCUGCUCCUAAUACACCAUCUAUGGUAUCGGCAUUAGAGCUGUUCCUCGGUGGGCAAAAUAAAUAA